AUGGAGAAGCAAUUAUCAAUAUCAGACUAUUUUAGUAGAGCUCAGACAAUAACUAAUCAAAUGAAGAGAAAUGGAGAAGCAAUUAAUGAUGUAAGAAUUAUGAAGAAGAUACUUAGGACAUUAGACUCUAAAUUCAAAUAUAUUAUUCCGGUAAUACAAGAGUCUAAAGAUCUUUCCGAAGUUUCUAUUGAUGAGCUACAAGGUUCUCUGCAAGCUUACGAACAAGAUAUAAACAUCAGUUCAAAUCAAGCGGAGAAUCUAAAGCAAACCUUGCAGAGUAAGAUGGCUAUUAAAGAAGAUAGUCGAAGAGGACGUGGAGGCUACAGAGGCAGAGGCUCUUUUCGAGGUGGCUCAAACUUUCAGCAAGGUCGUAGGAGACAGUACCAAGGAGGCCAAGAAAAUCAAGAUCGAAAUAGAGAUCGUGAACAAUCGUUCGAUCGAGGACGAGGUCGUGGCGCACAAGGACGAGGACAAGGAAGAAGUUACCAGGAGGACAGAUCUCAACCACAGUGUUACAAAUGCAAGAGAUACGGCCAUCUCAACUACGAAUGCUGGGAGAAACCAAAUCAAGUGGCAGAAAAAAAUAACUUUGUAGAAAUGGAGCAGCCAGACACUUCAACAAUCCUGCUGACGUACCAAGAGAAUGAAAGCAAGAAUCAAGAUAUCCGGUAUCUGGAUUCAGGUACCAGUAACCACAUGUGCGGCAUCAAGGAGUUCUUUACCGAGCUAAAUGAGACGGUGCAAGGAGAUGUCACUUUUGGAGACCAGUCAAAGAUUCCAGUAAAGAGCAAGGGUAAGAUAAUGAUGACAAAGACGGACGAGAAUAGGUACAUCUCUGACGUCUAUUAUGUUCUAGUACUACGAAAUAAUAUUUUGAGCCUAGGCCAGCUCCUUGAAACAGGCUAUGAUAUACAUCUAAAAGACUUUGUCCUCACUAUCAUGAAUAAAAAUAAAGUAAUUGCAAAUGUGAACAUGUCUCGAAAUAGACUGUUUGCCUUAAAUAUUCAUAUUGACCCUGUCAAGUGCUUAAAAAUGAUUAUGAAGGAUGAGUCUUAG